CCGGCAAAUGAACAUCUUUGUUGGUAUUGGUUUCAAAUGAUGUGUAGGGGCGGAAAACAAAAGUUAUGGUUUAGUGAGUGGUAAUAAAUUCAUAAUAUAGUCAAUAAGCUAAUCUGUAACUCACAAGUGCAUGAAUUAAGGCACUUGUGAAGAAAAACGUGCUGUGGUGAUUUACACAGUCAUGUUUAGAGACAGAAGAUUGACGAAUGGACCAGCAGGAAGAGGCAGAGGAGUGUUUCGACCUUCAGGCUUAAAACUCCGAGGCGCAAGAGGUGGCGGACACUUGUCUUCAGGAAGAGUAGUGAAGAAGGCCCAAGCAACGAGAGCUGUAUCACCUCGGAAGAAAUUAGAGUCUCUCAAACUGAAACUAGCUGCUAAAGGAAUACAAUACGAUGCAAGUUCUAUUCAGAGACAAAGACAAAAGCAGCUACGGAAAGAUGAGAAUUCGUCAGCCGAUGCAGAAGAUGGGACAUUGUACAAACAGAAGAUGUCAGUAAUGCCAGAUCCUGAGCGUAAGUGUACUGAAAAUGAAAUAGAGAAAAUCCAAGAUGUACUUAUAGAUGCCCUCGAACCUCUAGAGGAUGGCUGUUUUCCACAGUUUUAUGGUACGUACACAGUGAAGGGCAUGCUCGUCAUGUCGUGUGCCAACGAACAGACAAAACGGUGGCUAGAGAGAAUUGUACCCCAGUUGGAGCCGUGGGAGAGCGGAAAGCUCUGCGUAAAGCCUAAAGGAGAGGUCUCACAGGGGACGAAGGUGCUACUCAAGACACCAAAAUUGUUUGCCAAGACUGAUCCCAAAAAGAUCUUGCAGAUGCUCAGCACUCAAAACAAGACCCUCGAGACCAACAUGUGGAAGAACGUCAGUGCGAAAUCGGAAGAUUCAGGCCAGACUCUGGUCUACGUAAUCGACAACCAGAGUCUCGAAGCAAUCAGGGCCUUGAACAAUAAAGUGUACCUUGGAUUAGGCAAUGUCGAGUUAGUUAUCUUAAAUGAUGAGGAGGAUAGCAAGCAGGCCUCUGCAGAUACAGAAAUCGAAAAUGAGGAAGAUGACAAGCAGACCUCUGCCGAUACAGAGAUGAAAGAUCAGGAGGAUGACGAGCAGCCCUCCGUAGACACAGAAAUGAUUAAUGAGGAGGAGAAUGACGAGCAGACCACAGCAGAUACAGAAAUGAAAAAUGUGGAGGAGAAUGACGAACAGACCACUGCAGAUACAGAAAUGAAAAACCAGGAGGAGGAUGACAAGCAGACGUCUGUAGGUACAGAAAUAAGAAAUGUGGACAGUGCUGACAAGCAGACCUCGUAGAUACAGGUGUUGCUCACACAGAAAGAAGUGAAGUUCAUACAUAAGGAAGAGAUGCAGAGAGAGAGAGAGCGAGCGAGUGUGUGUGUGUGUGUGUGUGUGUGUGUGUGUG